AUGAGUAAGAAACCAAUAUCGUUUGGUAAAAUCAGCUUUAACAUCGAAAAACUAUCAUCAAAUGAUGAUGGUUCUACAUCAGGCUUUGGAACAUUCGGCCGAACACCCAUUCAAGAACAUAAAGAUAUAGAAGAAAUAGCGGAUGACCCCGAAACACGUGAUGUGCAACGCGUGAUGGGAAUCAAAAACUUUGGUAAAAAAGCCAAGAACUUUGACCUUGAAGAGAUGAUAAAAGAAGCGAAAAAAACUGCAUUACAAGUAAAUAAAAAGAAAGCUCUAUCAGAACAGGAUACAGAACAAGAGUCUAAUAAUAGUAACAAUGAAGAUAAUGAAGGUAGUGUGAUAGGUCCUUUACCACCUUCUGCUGAUGAUGGCAGUGAUGACGAAUUAAUAGGUCCUCCAAUACCCUCAAAUCUAUACAAAAAUAAUGAAAUGAAAGAUGAUAAAAAUGAUGAGAAAGAUGAUGACAGUUAUAAUGAACUGAGUGAUUCUGAUGAUGAAGAACUAUCAAUUGUUGAUAGAAUACCUUAUAAAGAAGAGGUAGAAAUGCAUCAUGGACCAAAAGCAGUGACUGCUCUUGCAGUAGACCCGUCUGGUGCUAGAUUGGCAACUGGAUCUAUUGACUACAAUGUCACUUUUUGGGACUUCGCAGGUAUGGACUCCUCAAUGCGAUCAUUUCGCUCAUUAUAUCCAUGUGAGAACCAUCCCAUCAAAGCUCUACAGUAUUCUGCAACAGGUGACUCUAUUCUAGUAGUCAGUGGUUCGGCACAAGCUAAAGUGCUGGAUAGAGAUGGAUUUGAAGUGUUGGAGUGUGUUAAAGGGGAUCAGUACAUCACUGAUAUGGCUAGAACUAAAGGCCAUACAGCUGCUUUGAACAGUGGUUGUUGGCAUCCUCAUAUCAGAGAAGAGUUUAUGACAUGUUCCCAAGAUGGAACCCUUCGAUUAUGGCUCACACAAAACCCUAAAAACCAUAAAGCAGUGAUCAAACCUCGACAACUUGGUGGAUUGAAGACCAAUCCUACUGCCUGUGCUUUCUCAAGAGAUGGCAACACCGUUGCGUGUGGAUGUUUUGACGGUUCUAUUCAAAUGUGGGAUCAUAGGAAGAACUAUGUCAACACAACAAUUUCACUUCGAGAUGCCCAUCAGAAACAGACUGAAAUGACAUCCAUUGCUUUUUCAUAUUUGGGGACAUAUUUGGCAAGUCGGGGAAAUGAUGAAACUCUAAAAUUAUGGGACUUGCGAAGUUUUAAGAAGCCAUUACAUGUGUUUAGUGAUCUGUUUUCAAGAUAUGAGCAGACAGACUGUAGUUUUAGUCCGGAUGACAAUAUGGUAUUUACAGGAGAGUCCUUACAAAAGAAUCAGAAGUUUGGUCGACUAAUAUUUUAUAAUACAAAGACUUUUGAAGAAGUUACACAUUUUAAUGUGACACAAUCUCACAUAAUAAAAGCUGUGUGGCAUCCAAAGUUAAACCAAAUAUUUACGGGCUGUGGAAAUGGGACAGUUAAAAUUUAUUACGACAAAAAGAGAAGUUUAAGAGGUGCGAAACUUUGCCUUGUAAAGACUCACAGAAAGAAGCAGUCCAUGGAAGUUGUUAGUUCCCAACAAAUAAUCACUCCUCAUGCUCUACCGUUGUUCAGACAAGAAAAAUUGAGGACAAGUAAGAAAAGAAUGGAGAAAGAUAGACUGGAUCCUGUCAAAUCCCACAGGCCUGAUCUUCCAAUCACAUCAGGUCAGGGUGGAAGAGUAGCAGCCUCUGGAAGUACACUCAGUUCCUUCGUCAUAAGAAACUUGGGUUUGAGUAAACGAGUGGAUGAUGACCAGGACCCGAGGGAGGCUAUACUGAAAUAUGCGAAGGAGGCAGAAGAAAAUCCCUUCUGGGUGGCUCCGGCUUAUAAAAAAACUCAACCGACUCCCAUAUUCCAAGACGAUGAUGAAGGACCUGAUGCCAAAAAACCAAAAUCAUCGGAAACU